CUCAGUCUCUCUCUGCUCCUUUGGUGAUCUGAUCACCAUUAUCAUUAACUAUAAAUGUACUUACUAUGAAUAAUGUCAUUGAGUGUUGUGAGAAUUUUCUAACAUUAUUAUUGUAAUACACAGAACAAUUUAAUGUCAAUAUAAAUAAAUUUAAAUUCAAAUAUAAUGCGAGCGUAGCGAUUGUAAAAAUAAAUCGGUGACGAAUAAUGAUGUCCAAUGGCGUUAAUAAAAUUCUCAGAAAAAGUAUUCGUUUAGAUAUGGACUCAUAUUAUUUUUAACAAUUUUGCACACCUCAACGCACAGCGUUAUGGGUGUGCUCUGUUCUGACUUGUUUUAUUUUAUUUGAGUGAAAAUUACAAGUUUUCAUUGAUAAAAAUAAAAAGUAUAUACAAGUAUUUAUCAAUCAAUAAAAAUCGGCCGUAAAGUUUUGAAAUUUUAUGAAAGAUUGGAGUAUAUUUAUAAAUCAGCAUUCGACUUGAUAUCCUUGAAAAGUAUCCCCGAUUUCUCAGGUCUUUAAUAUUAUAUCGUUAUUUCUAUUAAUGUUAAACGAUGUCAAAAUCUGAUCUACCGAAAUUAGUGACAGCUUUAUUUACAUUCAAGGGAAAAAAUAAUGAUGAAUUAUGCUUCAAGAAGGGUGAUCUCAUUAUUAUUACACAAACGGAUGAUGGAGGUUGGUGGGAAGGCACAUUGAAUGACAAAACUGGCUGGUUUCCAUCAAACUAUGUCAAAGAGUACAAGCCUCCUGAAUCCGGACAUUCCUCCACAAAAUCAUCGCCAGAAAAAACAAAUCAAGAGCUUCCUGUUUAUCAAAGACUCAAUCGAGAUAUAGUACUGAGAGAUUUGGUUGAUUCUGAGCGAGCUAGUGUUGCAGAAUUACAAAGUUUUGUUAAUACUUUUCUUGAACAAUUAGCGCUGAGUAAUAUCUUGAAAAAAGAAGAGUACAAGCAGCUGUCUGGUAACAUUCAUGAAGUUUUAGAAACUCAUCAAAAAUUUUUAACGAAUCUUGAAGCCGCAGUGACUCAAGGACCAGAUAGCAAAGUAGGAAAUUUGUUUUUGACCGUAGCUCCUAAAUUAAAAUCAGUUCAUAUGACCUAUUGCAAUGGUCACCCACAAGCAGUUUGUAUUCUGGAUAAAUACCGUGACGAACUUAAUGAAUUUAUGGAACGCAGUGGAGCCGUUUCACCGGGAAUUUUGGUUUUAACAUCUGGGCUCAGCAAACCAUUCCGACGAUUAGAAAAGUAUGCGCCUAUGCUUCAAGAACUGGAAAGAUAUACUGGGAAAAAUCAUUCCGAUCGUGGUGAUACUCAACGUAGCGUGUGUGUUUAUCGCGAGAUUGCUGAACGGUGCACAAGUAUCAGAAAGCAAAGAGAAUUAGCACUACAAAUUUUAACGAGUGGUAUCAAAGGAUGGGAAGGCGAAGAAUUAUCUUCACUUGGAGAAAUCUUGUACGUUGGACCAGUCACAGUAGUCGUCGGCGCAGAAAGACGUGAUCGAUAUUUUGUUCUAUUUCCAAUGAAUUUAUUAGUCCUCAGCACAAGUCCUAGAAUGAGUUCUUUCAUAUAUGAAGGAAAACUUCCAUUAACUGGCAUAAAUGUGAUUCCAAUAGACGACACAGAAGAUAUGAAAAAUGUAUUCGAAAUUUCUGGUCCGAUGAUUGAAAAAAUCGUAGUAUUAUGUGCGCACAAAGAAGAACGUCAUCAGUGGAUCGAACUGUUAACUCAGGAUAAAUCAUCUAGCCUGUUAAAGUCUCCAACAAUAUCUAACAUGAGCAACCAGAUCGGGAAACUGCAGCCGCAACUUCCGGAGUCCUGUUCGUCACCAAGGAAUAAAUCGCCUUGGAGUCUUGCGUCUUUACGGCCAGCGCCUCCAAUUUAUUUGAAAGCCUUUAACAAGUCUGAUAAUGUAGAACUUUGUCGCUCACCACGAGCUGCUAAUGAGCGUCAAUUUGAAGAUGACGCAAUUAUAUUAAAAAUUAUCGAGGGUUAUUGCAUGACCGUCAACGCUAGACUUACUGUUCAUUCUGCUGCGUUGGAUAAUGAAUCGUCUAACAAGAUGUGUGAUAGCGUGUCUGUUGUAAAUAAUAAAGUCGGAAAUUUGGAUUCUUGUAAUGACAGGAGCUUAUCGCAGACUGUGGAAACCUUGAAAAAUCAAGUUGGAUCCUUGCAAAGUCAAGUUAUACAACUCACUAAACAAUUAGAUGACGAAAAACAAUCACGAUUGUUACUCACAGUUGCGAUGAAACGGAUUGGUGCAAUAGAUAAUUUUGUGUCUUAAUACGUGCACAAAAAAUAGUUACUAAUGUAUUUUGUGCCUUACUGUCUAUACUACUUGUGCUAUGAACAAAUAUUUUAUUUUAUUCUUUUUUUAAUAUACUCUAUAUAUAUUAUCUUAUUUACUUUAUGAAAAUUUAUUGUUCGUUGAUUAGAAUCACGAUACUUGUAAAACUUUUCCGAUCUCGAAUAAGUCUUCCAUUAAUUUUUUAACAUUCUUUAAA